AUGCAUUUUAUCUGUCUUGUCUCUUGUUUAUGCCUUUUAUUCAUCAAUACAAUAUUUGCUUGUGGCAUUCCUGAGAUAAAGCCAGUUGUGACAGGUUAUGGAAAAAUUGUGAAUGGUGAGGAUGCUGUCCCUGGUUCCUGGCCCUGGCAGGUAUCUCUGCAGGAUGCAGCUGGUAAACACUAUUGCGGUGGUUCCCUUGUCAAUUCACAGUGGGUUGUAACUGCUGCACACUGUACGGUGAAAAGUGAUCACCUGGUGGUUCUUGGAGAGCAUGACUUCAGUUCAUCAGAUGAACCGGUUCAGAAAGUGGGCAUUUCAUGGAUACUUACCCAUCCUGACUGGAACAUCUUCACUAAAAAUAACGACUUAACACUUUUAAAGCUGAAAACUCGUGUUACCAUCACAUCCAGGAUUUCACCAGUUUGCUUGGCAAAAUCCAGUCAAGAAUUCCCAGGAGGCAUGACAUGUGUGACUACUGGAUGGGGCAAUACUCGUUUUGACAUCAACACUCCCCCAGACAGACUACAGCAGACAGCUCUACCAUUGCUGACCAACACAGAAUGUCAGAUGCACUGGGGUUCGAAGAUCUCGGAUCUAAUGAUCUGUGCUGGGGCUGCCGGUUCUACCUCCUGUAUGGGUGAUUCUGGUGGUCCUUUGGUUUGUGAGAAGGACAAUACAUGGUUCUUGGUUGGUGUAGUUUCCUGGGGGAGCACUACCUGUUCCACCUCAAAGCCAACAAUUUAUACUCGUGUUGCAGAAUUUGAAGAGUGGUUGGACCGAAUGAUCCCUAAAGUUGACUGAGAGCAUAUUUAAUAUCAGCUUUAUUCCAGUUUCAGUAAUAAACAUCAUGAAGAGUUAUGUUUCCCAAACAUCUUCUAUCACACAUUUCAUCAGAAUAUAAACGUAUUUAAAGUUAUUUUUCUCCUUUCAGGUAUUUGACCUCAAUGUAAAAUUUGUCUGUCUGUACCAAGUGUUACAGCCAAAAACACAAACAAAUACCAAAGGAAAGUGUAUUGAUACAUGAAAAAAUUGAAGUAUUAAACAAUGGUAAAUGUUUAGUCAGUUUCAAAUUGUCUGACUAUAGCACCUAAGCAUAUAUUUCCAAUAUGUUCCAAAAAUGUAUUAGAAUAUUAUAUUCACAGAAGGUACAUUGCUAGUCAGCUUCAUCUGUCAUAGUGCAUUUCCAUCAAUAAUCAUUAUCGUUUGAAUAUAGUUUCAAUUUUAUGUUAAGUUUGAUAUAUUCUAUGAAUGAUUUGCAGUAUAUAUCUUUCAAAAU